AUGGCUCUCUCAAAAAGAGACCUAAUCCUCUCCGGCUUCGCAUGCUUUGUCGGUUGGGGAUACGUCGUUAGCUGGGCUCCCGCGCUACGAUGGUCAGGUUACGCCUAUUUCAGCGGCAUUGCUUCGACCUUGUUCGCCAUCCUUUUGGUCAUUCUCCUUACUUCCAGGGGCUCACGAAUCACUCUUAAUCACCGGGCUCCCCGCCCGAAUGGCGCCAUCUUCCAUGGACCGACGGCAUGGGCAACUGAUUGCGCUAGCCUACAAGUUCGACAAUCGUAUUCAAAGACGUCACUAUACGCCAGCCUGCCGAACGUCUCCAGCGCCCUUGACGACCUCCUUGGACUUAUUAUGCGCGACUUCGUCUCUUCUUGGCCGUCCGUAUCGCUCUCGGCAAUCUUCGAAACCCGGCUGUUGGAGCUCGACCUCGCCGAAAUAGUCACCAGCAGGCUUGUUCCCGUAAUGACAAUACACUUCAAAGAUUUCUGCGAUGCGGAACACUCGGUUCGAGGGAAGAAACUCAACCGCUCUGUUACGGAGUCUGAAGAGCUGGAUCUUGCCAUAGCGUCCAAGUAUAGAGAGGGCAAGCUACAUCCCGCAGCCUCUCUGUCUUUUCCCGAUACGAAGCUUGUGCAGCAAGACUACUUGCGGAAGACUGUUGCCCGCAUUCUUCCCAGUUUGUUGCCACCGAAUCUACUCGCCAGCCGCGCCGUGUCCAUCAUAAUCCGCGAAAUUGUGGCCUGUGCUAUCCUCUUCCCAGUGCUACAAUUACUUGCGGAACCUGAUACGUGGAAUCAAAUCAUGGAGAACUACGGGAGGUCGAUGCUCCAGGACCGCUCAACUGUGCGAAAAUUGAGGGCAGCUCUGGACCAACAUGCUUCCCCAGCACCUAAGCCGGGCAAAGCUGCGAUCAUACCCCGCCUUGCCCCUGGUGAUAGCGAACGCAAGUUCGAAAAGUUUAUCCGCGCAAUCCGGAAAGUCAAUAACCUCUCCGACGCUCGGCGCCUUCGAAGUGAAAUUGCCAGCCUUUACAAGCGGGACUCGUCACAGGAGAACCAAGACCAGGUCUAUCUUCGCCGUCUGGACAUGGGAAAACGCCUGCUUGAUCAAAAGGUACAGCUCCUUGCCGUCGGCGGAGAUCACAAAGCUGCAGCGCCUGCUGCAUCGAUGAAUAUCCCGGCACCGAGAACAUCCAAGUUGGAGAAUGCAACGCUCGUUGAUCUCUUGCGCGACUCGUCCGGGUUAUCGUACUUCAUGGAAUUCAUGGACAGGCCCCAUGUAUUGCCUCUGGUGCAGUUCUGGCUCGUAGUCGACGGCUUCCGGAACCCGUUAGAGGAAGAGGAAGCCAACGAUGAGCAGAUGCCGUCGCAGCUUCCCAUGUGGAGCGACUCUGAUCGACUUGACCUCGCUCAGAUUGAGCAGGCAUACAUGGCCAAUCCUCAACUGAACAUAUCGCAAGCUGCCAGGAGUGAGGUGCGAGCUUUCUUGAGUGCCGCAAAGCUCUACGCCGGAACAGUAUUACAAGGCUAGACGAGCCAUACUCGGGGCGCAGUCCGCUGUCUUGAGAUAAAGGCAGGGGCCGGAAUUUCCAAAUUUCAAGAAAUCAGAUCU